CAGACAUUACGGUGCAUAAGUGUAUAAUCUGCAGCGAGAGCGAACGGUGUUGCUGGUUAUCGCGCGGUGCCCUUCGUGUUUUUUCGCGCAAAGAGACGACGCGAGAGUGUGCGCGCGUUUUUUUUCUCCAUUGCGGAACCGAUCGCCGUCCUUCCGCCAAAGUUCCAGCCAAACUUUGGCCGCGAAGAAGAUAACCUAAUUACCCGUGAUCGAUCCACCGCGACUAUCUUUCUCUCGCAGCGGUCGUCGCGGCCGCUCGAGCGUAUCGACGCUUGUGAUAAUUUCGACAAAUUUUCCGCCUCUCCCAAGCAGCAACUCUGUGUUAGCUCCACAAGACGCGAGUUAUCGCGCAACGAUCGUUCACGAUCGGGUUGACGAACGCGCGCAUGCGCGUGUGUGUGUGUGUGUGUGUGUGUGUACGUAUCCCGAGCCGUGGAGUGGAAUGCGCCGCGGCGGCGGCCGAGAGGUAACGACGACGACGACGACGACGUCGUGAAGACCGCCCGGGAUCGUUCUCCUCGCGACUGCGGCACAAGUGCGGCAGGCCAGUCAAUACUAUGCGCCACGACGGAUCGAGACACAUAAAUGCGCCCGGAAUUGGAACGCGGUUCAGCACGUGAAGUACCAAGGCCGGUCUGGCAUCAAUACAUAGUAUAUUGCACAUUUAUUUUCUAUUUAUUUUGAGACUGCUUAGAGCGAGAAAGCGAGAGAAAGCGAGAAAGAGAGAGAGGGAGAGAAAGAUGAGAGCACUCGAGGGCGCAGGCUGGCCUACGAGCGUGGCGGCGUUGUCAUACGGGGAAGACCUAGUAAUGAUUUUGUUUAUAUUUUUUGUAUUUGCCGAUGAUCCUCCCGUCGAUGGUUGUUUCGCUGGACGGUACCAGUUGGAGUGUACAACAGCAACAACCGCAACACCAGCUGCUUGUCGUGGACUCGGCCGCUCAGCAGCAGCAGCAGCAGCAGCAACAACAACGCCAGCAGCAACCGCGAAAUCAGAUUGCCGCGUCGAAUCAGGCGUCAUCUUUGUCGGAAGGUGAUUUGCAACAACCGCAGUGUCGCAAGAUGACUGACCAGCGAGAGCAGCAGCAGCAGCAGCAGCAGCAGCAGCAGCAGCAACAGCAGCAGCAACAGCAGCACCAGCAGCCGCAGACUCAAUUUCAGCAGCAACAACAGCAGCAACAGCAGGUCAAAAGUAAUGACGAGGCAAAAACGAACUUGAUCAUUAAUUACCUCCCACAAAAUAUGAACGAGAAAGAACUGUACAGUUUAUUCGUUACGAUUGGUCCGGUUGAAUCCUGUCGAGUCAUGAAGGAUUACAAGACUGGUUACAGCUACGGUUUUGGUUUUGUCAACUACGCGAAAGCUGAGGACGCGGCGACGGCGAUAAACACGUUGAAUGGUCUUCAGGUGCAAAAUAAACGUCUGAAAGUUUCGUUUGCUCGGCCUUCCGGGGAAGAAAUUAAGGAAACGAAUCUUUACGUUACAAAUUUACCAAGAAAUAUAACGGAAAGCCAAAUCGACGAACUUUUUAGUAAAUUUGGCAACAUCGUGCAAAAGAAUAUACUGAGGGAUAAACUAACCGGUUUACCGAGAGGAGUAGCGUUUGUUAGAUUCGAUAAGAGAGAGGAAGCCCAGGAGGCGAUCGCGCAACUUCACGGUACAAUACCGGAGGGUGGAUCAGAGCCUCUUAGCGUAAAAAUCGCGGAAGAACACGGAAAGCAAAAGGCGGCAUAUUACGCGGGCUGGCAGGCGGGAUACAAUCAAAGCCGCGAUAAGAUGGCUGCAUCUAAAUCAGACCACCACGACUUAACGCACUAAGCACCUUUUGUAUACACAGAGAACCGAAAGGGUGUUUAUACUCUGACACGUUAUACACGCAACUACACGACGAAACGCGGAGAGAGAUCUCUCCGCGCCGAACGACUGGAGACACGGUUUCCCGCGUUUCUUUACUCCUUUAUACGUUUUCGUUUUUUUUUUUUCUUUUCUUUUUACUUGUUCGAAGACGUGCGCAUAAUUCGAUACGAGAGAGAAAAGACUCCGCCUCGCUCGGGCGAUUCCCGGGCGAAAAAAUGAGAAGGAAAAAAAAGAGAACAAGACAGAGCCCAUCGCUUGAAGGGCUCUUUGCCGCAUAUGCGAUAUCGAGUAGGCAAGAACGCAGUGUUUAUGAUAGAAGGAAGAAUCUCUUGUGUGUGAUCUGGUGACGAGAGGUACGCGUGGUACUGUUAUGUACACGAGACACGGCUAGUUAAAGACGCGCGGCGUUUGCGGCAUAUAAACACCUUACACAUCGUAAGACACACGUACUCGUCGUCGCGCAGAAAAGAUAAGGAAAAAAAAUUAAUAGAAACUUCAGUUUUGUUUGCUGGUUAGCUGGAUCGAUUACUUACGAUUCGCUAUCUUCUGUUGUUGUUUUUUUUUUUUUUUUUUUGUUUUUUUUAGCUCUGCUGCUAUUGUUCAUUUUUGGCUUGAUACUUUGUUGUUAAAAGUACUACCGUUGCCCAUGUACAAUGUUAUAUCGAGCACACAGUAGCUUCGCGUUCGCCGAUUAUUGAAUAUGUUCCAUAUGGCUGAUGGUGUUUGUGCUUUAGCGCGACUAAGGCGUUGUUUAAGUUUCUGUACUUUACAAAUUUUGUUAUAUAUAUCUAUAUAUAUUAUUUUCUAUAUCCGAAAUAUAGAUUUUAUUUUCACAAACAUAACAUGUGUAUGUUCUGUUUUCCACUGGUAAUUCUAUUCCAGUCCUGUUUAAUUUUAAGCGAGUUAGGCGAUUUAUAAAUUAUGUAUUAUUAAGCGUUUCGAUUAUUAUGUUGUGAGAAAAAUGGAAUUCAUUAGUGUGCUUCUUUCUCAAGAGACGAAUGUUUUAAGUUACAAAUUAAUUUCUCAAUUGGUUCUUCGUUUAGACGUUGAUUUGUAAAUGAAGAGGAUAUGAAAGCUCGCUCGCGAAAUUACGCGCGAUUUGGCUGUGACUGACUGCGAUCUUGUGCUUUAGUAAGAAAUUCAAGUGCAUGAUGCUAUGUCCUUAUCGAGCCGUUGUAACGCGCCACGCGCAGAAAUGGAACUUACACAAAAGACCUAAUCAAUGACGUUUUCAUUUCUAUGCAUGCCUCUUGACUUGUGAAGGAGAGCGUCUGUACCCGACGAGGAAUAAAUAUCAGCGCUAUGCUCAUUACCUAUACUGAAAGGCCGAAAAGUUAUUGUUAUUGUUGUCACCGUGCCGUUGAACGUUCCGAAUAUUACACACACACACACACACACACACACACACACACACACACACACAUAUUAUGUAUAUGCACACGCGGCCGUCCUUGCAGUUGUAAUCAAAUAAAGGCUUCGCGAAUUUAAUUCGCGGAAUUGGCAUUACUCGGUCGCGUAUACUCGCAAUGUGUUCCAUCGACGUGACUUGUAUAAUCACGCGAGGAACGUUCACCGCUCGACGGUUUCUGAACGGUCUUAAAUAGCGAAUUGUUUGUUAAUCUUAUUGAUUCUAUAUUAUGUAGCAGCGUCUCGUUUAUAUUCAAUUAGGACAUGCGUAAUAAUAAUUCUCAAAUUGGGUCUCAAUUUUAGUGUUUAAGUUGGCGUUGACGAAAGUAUCGAAGAACUUCGCGUGUGUUCCAAUGGAAAUGUGAUACGUAAAUUUAUAUAAUAGAUGGAAGCGAAUGGGGAAUAAAUUGUAACGCGACUAUUUCUUCAGUUUUGUUUCGAAAAGACUCGAUUGAUUUUGUGCUAGCGGUCUGAAAAUUAUACUUAUUUUAGAGAAGCGUUAGUUUGUAAAAACUUACAAAAUAAUUUUCAAAUUAAAUCUCGCGGCCAACGAUUUUGACGCUUGUAUUCGUAAGGGAAGAAAUUUUAAGAGAGACGUGGCACUAUUCAGAAUAGAAUAUCAUAAAAUAACUUAAUCGAGGGUUAUUAUACACCAAACACCGCAAUAUGAUUUUUGCUCAACAAUCGUAAAAUAAUUGCACUUGUUCAACGAGUCUAAGGAUUACAGUGUAUAUAAAUCUGUUUUGUAAUUUUAAGUCAUUGCGACUUUUGUUAUCCCAAACACUAUGGUAGAAUCAUUAUCAUACACUGUGAAGAUCGAUGUAACUAACUGCGCAUUUUGAAUAGAUCUCGACGGCGUAUUUCUUUUGAGAUACCCUUUUUGGAUAAUAGGUACAACGAUUCUUGAAACGUUACGCAUAAUAUGUAUGAGAAUAAUCAAUUAAGCGAGAUUGAGCUCAACGAUCUAGAGACUUAUAAAAUCCGAGAAUAGACUUCUGAAUUUGUCUGCUAUAAUACGUAGAUAGUUAAUUCUCAACAUAUGAAAAAUGACACGCGCGGCAUAUAAUAGUUACGUAUAACCGCUGCGGUUUUUAAUAAAAUUUGCAAAUCGAGCAAAUAAUUACUAAGCAUCGUUUCUCUCAGUAGGAAUUGGUAUCUUUCUAAAAGUUAUUCGAUAGCUAAGAAUAGAUAUCACGUACGCUUUCUCAAGCUGCGUACGACUAUGUUCUCGGUGGCAAAUUUGAAUGGAAAAAGCGAAACGAGUUAGUGUGGCAGUCGAUUUAACUAUUAAAUUUAAAUAAAUUUAGCUAAGACAUUUUGUUGUAUAAUGCGUUAUCCAAAAAAUUAACUAAAUAAACGACGAAAAUGUGAAUUCUAUACAUUGAGACAAAACCUCGAUUUGUGUAUAAGAUGUGUCAGAGCGACGAAAUUUUUGUUAAAACAUCUUUGACGAAAAGACAAAAAGCGUCAUAGAACGCUCAAGUAUUCAAAUCAAUAUUGAAAAAUUACAAAUAGCUAAAUCGACUUUUAUAGCACUCGCAGCGUACACCAUCAGCGUUUCGAUGUAUCAGCCACAGGAUGCAAACGGAUAUUAACGAGUGAAGCACAUGGAGCUUCCGUUUGCUCGUAUCGGUCUGCGAAAAACUACGCUACCAAAUAUAUUUGCCGAUACCAAUAAUUAGCUAAUUAACAUUUAUACAAUAUUGAGAGAUAGACGAGAUAUCAAUUUUUGUAGAAUAGAAUUAUGCAAUGUCUCGCGGACUCUUUAACGAUUCUCGCUGUUAGACUCUUCCGUUUCUCUUUCUUGAACGACGCUUUAAACAACCGAUCCGGCAGCGAGAGAGCCGGUAGGAGGUGGGUCCUGAAAACUAGAAGUAACGUGUCCUUCGACCCUGACAAUCGUCCAUCUUUCGUGGAUUUAGCGCAUAUUGCCAGUUGCGUGAUGUAACAAAAGGAAAUAGAGUGCGAUUACAUUCGGGGGCAAAACGAGACAAUACGAGGAUAAAUUUCCUUCUAUUCUAAAUGGAAUUCUGUUAAUAUAAAUAUGAAUUCUGUGAUUUGAUUUCGUCGCGAAUGCGAUUUAGAUCUGUAUCAUCUCUUUCGUGUUUUAUAUUAUGAUUUUAUUAUACGAAUAGUGAAUUGUUUGUUCCUCGCGUUUAAUCGCACUCCAUUUUCUUGUGUUUUAUCGUAGAUCGCGUUUGCAAGCGGGAAAUUCAUCCCUAAUUGGCGUUUACGCGAAUAUUUAUAUAUAGUAAUUGUAGAAUUAAUUAUGUAAUGAUUACAAAAUAACUUUUUUCGCGGAGAAUUUUGAGAAGAUUGUUAAAACCGUAUAAAACAUCUCUCAAAUCUCGAUUAAGGUAUAUAUCCGGCAUGCUUAUUAAGAAGUCAAUAAAGAAGAAUGUAUGAAUGCCCGAAGGUCACUGAUGUUAGGGGCUGAAACUCUAAUUGCGUAACGCGAUCGAGACGACACGAUCCACCUUGCUCAACGUAAGAUAUUUAGACGCUACUUCGCGUAAGGGCGAACCUCGCGAUGUCGGAACUUUUAGGAAUUUAAUAUUGCGAGUGCGCCGGCGUUUGACCCGCUUCGGUUACUGACCGAUCGAUCGUCCGGGAGAGCUGUGAGUCGAUGGACUACAUUCGUAAACGCCAAUACGCGUUCGCGGACAGUUUAUACGCCGACUAUCGCACGGAAAUCUAGUCUGAGAAAAAGACAAUAUGUGCAUCGUUGUCGGGUUUCUCGUAGUUUUGAUACUUCUUUCUUUUCUCAGUCUUUACAGUUUGUUUUACCUUUGUCGAAACUUUAUGUACGACAUGCGUGUAGCACGCACUUCAUUUAAAUAUCGGAGAUGUUUGAUUAAUCGAAAAUCUUCAAUAUUUAUUUAUAAAAUUUAAGGGAUUUACACAUUAUUUGAUUUUCGACGAUCGAUUGAUCGAUGCAAACCGAUGCGUAAUAUGUUACACAGCACGAUAUCGCUGCUAGAUAAUAAAAUCGAUUAAAUGUUGAAAACUUUAUCAGUAAAACAAAUAAACAGAUUAAUAUAAGGCAUCUUUCUAUACGCCUGGAGAGAAACUUCUUUCCAAUCGUAAACAAUCUCGAAAAAGAAAUGUUGAAAUUGAAGCAUCACGAUUAACAAAAAUGUUGCGAAUCCAAUCGGCGAAAAUAUUGUGAUAUUAAUUCGAAUAAAAAAUUGUCGACAAAAUAUAUAAAAAUUAAAUGUACAAAGUAAACGCCAAUGUAUCUUUAGGUAAUUAUUUAAUAUUAAACGUGAGAGUUUAUUAAUUAAAUUUGUAAUUUGCGUGAGCGUCUCGUAAAAAGUUAUGAUGUAUUAUAUAUAAUAUUGGAAUGGAUUCUUUCAUCUAAAUUCGUGAUGCGAAUCACUCGACUUGCGGCGUUAUAAGGGAAAGAUGCAAUUGUAAUUAGGUUUAACUUUAAACUGUUAAGUAGUAAAUUGUAAGGUCUAACGGAUCGAAGAAUGUGCGAAAUGGUUAAUCCCGAAGUCCAGUAGUGCUAACGAUGGCUGUGAUAAGGAUAAGGAAAAAAAAAAUAACGAGAAUUGCAAAAAGAAAAAAAAA